CGGGUUCCUGAGAAGAGGACAUACUUACUUAGAGGACAUUUUCUCUCUGCACGAGUCAAAGUGUCAAAGGGGGCAUCAAUGGUAUUGGGGUGGGAUUACCAAGUUCACAAAAAGGAUCAUGGAAAGGUUGGGAAACCCCUCAAGAGGUUCCAACCAACAGACCAGGCUGGUGUUUUAAGGCAGUGGCAGGGCUCAUUUGGAAAGUGUCGUGGUUUUUGUCAGAAGCAGUGGGGGGCUUCCUUGUCGUGUCACAGAGUAUAACAAGUCAUCGUUUUGCCUCGAUCUGUGAAUGCAAGCAAUGUGCAAACAGCUCCUGUCACUUCCUCAUUCAGUUUUUGUGGUUUUUGACUGAGAAAGCAUCCCCUUUUAUGCUGCUCUAGUCAUUCGCUGUCUGCCUUCAUUUUUGACUGCAGCACAUUGAGGCGGCAGUCAUGGCAGGCACGACUGCUUUGCCACUUGAACAGUUCAUCGCAUCAUUGGACAAUACAUGUCUGCCAAGAAUUCUACAAGUUUGCUCUGGAGUGUAUUUCCAAGGAUCUAUAUAUGAAAUUUCUGGGAGUGAAGUGUGCUUUUCUACUGGGGAUCUAAUAAAAGUCAUUGGCAUUGAGCUCGUAUCGGUUUGCUGUGAAAACAUAAGCAACGAUGAGAAGUUUGAACUGCCUAUCAACCACACAGGGUUGUUUAAGGUCGUUCCAGAGACAAUGCCAUACAACACAAUUGAGGAAAUGAUAAGCCUGAGGCCUGUAGGCCUGGAAUCCUGCCUUCCCUUCACUUUCACCAACCACUCCAAGAUGACCUUUGACAAUUUCACACUGGGUGCCGGGAGAACUUUGACAGUGAUCUCCACUGAGCAGCACGAGGGUCAGGAGGAUCAGGUGCGCUGCCACGUCAAAGGACAACAGGGAGCCUCUGCCGAAGUGUGCAUCCCUCUUUCUUUUCAAGGGGAGUUCAGUGAAUGUGAGAACGAGGAACGCUUCACUCUGCAGGAGAUUAUGUCCUCGCCCUGCCUGCGUAGUCGAAGGUUUCACUUUGUCAACACCACCAAAUGUGAACAGCCCCUUGUCCUCAGUCCAGUAUACCAGGUCCACGCCAUCAUGAACUUGAGGAAGAACAUAUUGAAGUUCCCGUCCAGCUUAGAGGUAGAUGUGGUCGAUGUCACUGAGGUGUGUAAGGAUGUGAAUUUUGUGACCCCGCUCAGUCUGACAGAGGUCCUUUCCCAGCCAGAUGAAUCCUUCCCAUCAGUGGUGGAGAUAUUAGAACGCCCACAGACCCGCUCUCUGUUCAAGUGCAGCUGGCUGCCAGAACUUAACCGGAACAGCCACUUGGUUUUCCACAAGAAAAAACACACACCCAUGGUUUUAUUAUCCAGCUCCAAGAGCCGAAAAGCACAGCAGUACUUCCUGGUAUCUGAGCAAUACGGUGGACGAUUUCGGAGGAGGCCAAGAGAGUUUAACUCGGUGUAUGAGGUGUAUGUUGCUUCAAUCCAGGCACCAGGUCUGAAGGUCAGUGUAACAAGGAACUGUGAGGACGUUGAGGAAGAGGGGCUACCUUCCCUCAGCGUGGGAGAGCAGCUGCAGGUUGUUCGCUGCGAUAGGAUGGAGUUGCCCUGUACAGGCAGCGCGGCACAGAAGCAGUCUGUCGAGGCACUUUUGUGUCAGCGUCUCCAAGAGCCAGAUGAUGAGGAUGAUGAUGAUGAAGAAGAGGAGGUCAAGCAGGAGAAUGAGAAAGAGGAGAUUUUUCUGCCUCUGUACAUGCCGGGUCACUUUGUGGAGGUGCUCAGUGAUAACAAGAAGUACAAACUCAGGGACUUGGGUAAGGAGUUUAGUUUGCCGCUAGAUGUUAAGGUUGUGAGCCGUGAUACUGAAAUCAAGACUGAUCCACUGUUUGGGCUUGCAUCUCUCAGAAUAGAGGGUGCUAUGUUAGAGCCCACCAUCCAGGCAAGCUUACCAGACAGCCCAGACCACUGUUUCGAGAUCCCAACCCAGUGGAUUUCUAUGUCUGUCUCUUUCACCAAGGACCCCCUGCCAUGGCCAAGUGAUCAACCACCUAAGUGCCAUGUGGACAGGGUUACUGAGGUGACAGACACGUUCUUUUAUGAAUUCCACAAACAAGGGAACCCAGAAGAAGCUCCUCCACCUCGACCACCAAAGGGAAAUCUGUCAUCUACAAAGUCUUGCAAAAAAUCGAAGAAAUCCAAGGCUGACAAGUCCAAAGAGCGAGCAGACAAAAGCGUCCCGACCAAAAAGAUUGCUGAUUUGACUUUAAAUAGCAAAAAAAGACCCCCGGCUCCCCCACCUCCACCCAUCUUGGAUGACCAGCCUCCACCGAUUGUACCCAGAAAACACAGCGUUGACGUGACAAAAGGCAAGGCUCUGCCAAACACUUACGUGCAAAGGGAGGACCCUAAGAAAAAAGCGGCGCUGUGUGACGUCGCAGCAGACGUGGACAGCGACCACGACUACGAAACUGUGGACGAGUCUUUGAUGGCAAUGAUGAAGACUGCACAAGAGAACGUCCAGUUCUUCUAAAUAUUUAGUUUCACAUGUGGGUGGUGGGAAUUGAAUCGUAAGUGUGUGUAAGGAAAAUGUCGUAUUGCUGUUUUCAAACUCAUCCGUCUUGAAUAAUCUUACGCCACUGUACCCAGGUUGGGAAUGGGUCCCCAUUUUGUUUUUAUCAGGCGUUCAUUAGGCAUAUUAGUCAACUUCUUUUUUGGACACUCAAGUAACAAAUGUCAAACUACACAAGAGCUUCGUAUUAUAAACCACAGCUUUUCAUGUGGUGAGCAAAGUUCUCCAUUCUUUAACCAGUCAUCUCUAUGCUCAACCCACCACCAUUUUUUUUUCAAGGCGUAUCUCUACAUGCGAUAUAUCUUUUGUAGUAGUGUUGAACAGAUACUACCAUUCUAAUAUGUAUUGUAGUACUUUGUUGAAAGAUUAUAUAGUACCUUUUUACUUUUCGUUCAAACUCGGUAGUUUUGGGGGGCUGCAAACAACAGCCUUAAAAACACCCAUUGUUAAAUCAAUACCUAUUUCUACACAUUUCUAAGCUUUAUAGAGGCAGUAAGGGAUUACAUUUGAUUGUACAGACAUUCAUUGUGUGUGUCAAACUCAAUAUAUAUAUAUAGAUAUAUAUGCAAACUCUAAGCAGAAAGUGUCCUUGCAUGUUUGAGCCAUCUUAACCUCAAAGACGAUAAAAAUAGCAACUCUGCAGCUUCCUAGCAAUAGCAGAAACUUUGCCAGCUGUCACAAACUGAUAAACUGAGAGUACAGAAAGGUGCUACACGCUCUAUCAAAUAUAUUUUAGUGUUUUUAUUUAUUGAAAAAGACUUGUUGUUGGCAGAUUACUUGGACUGAGAGCAGUUUCUCAAAUAAGAUUAUAUAGAUAUUCAUUUUGUGCGCCACCUUCACAAACAUACUGUCGAUUUGUUGUCUGGAGUUGAACCGAGAUGUUUUGUUGGCCGAUAUUUCUGCAUCGUGCCCAGUCAAACGGAUUUGCCAGGUGGACACAAUCAAGCGAAGACAGUGUGAGUGUGAGCUCAAGAUACAAGACGUAAAAUUCGGUUUGUGGCGUCACAGAUUGUGAAUAUCCAUGUAAAUGAAGUAUUUUCUGUUUAAAGCUUAAUAAAUAUGGACAAACUGCUUGUUUA